AUGCUCUGUGCUCUCAGUUGUGAGAUGUGGAAAUCUGGAUGCUCACCAACUUGAUGACAUGCCUCAUAAGCAAUGACGCCAUGAGUCACUGAAAUAGGGAUGAGAAAUCUGAGCUUCAGAAAUGAUGCUCCAUCUUUAACUUGCACAGCAAACAUUCAAAGACCAACCUGCUGAGCAGCAAUCUGUUCCAGUUUAAACUGUUGCUGGUUGAUGGCAGUUUGAGAUGAAAUGACGACGUCCAUGUGGCUGUAGGUCAAUCCAGUAACCAUGGAAAGGUCUACAGCUUUUGAUACAGCCUCUGAAAAGCCUAAUCCUUCCCACCACAGUACGGGGACUGUUCAAAUGAGGAUCAAAAAUGCCAACAGUCACCAUGAUAGACUGAGCCAAAGCAAAUCUAUGAUUUUGUCAGAGAAUGUGAAAGUCCCUGAGCCUGUAAGCCGUCACAGAAGAAAUCAUUCCCAGCAUAACUUAACACUUGCAAAUAUCAUUAGCACACAGGACCACACAGUAGUGGAAAAAGAAGGAUAUCUUCUAAAAGCUAAAAUAGCAGAUGGUGGGAAGAAAUUAAGGAAAAACUGGUCCACAUCCUGGGUUGUUCUCACUGCUCAGAAAAUGGAAUUCUAUAAAGAAUCCAAGCAGCCAGCACUGGCCAACCUGAAACCAGGAUAUAAACCUGAGUGCGUGGAUUUGUGUGGUGCUUGCAUUGAGUGGACCUCAGAGAAAUCCAGCAGAAAGAAUGUCUUUCAGAUCACGACAGUGUCAGGAAAUGAGUUUCUCCUCCAGUCAGACAUCGACUUUCUCAUACUGGAUUGGUUCCACGCUAUCAAAAAUGCAAUUGACAGAUUGCCAAAAGAACGGAGUUGUACAUCGAGAAAUUUGGAGUUCAAACUCAGAAGAUCCUCCAGCAUCGAAUUACUGAAUAGCUUAGACACUGAAUCCAAAGAACCAAAGCCUGAACACAGAAAAUCUUUAAGUAAGGCUUUUUUUCUUUUCUGAUUUUUUUCUCGUUUUUUCUUUCCUUUUUAAAUAACUAUGCCAUUACAGGGUGAGAUAAUUUUUAUUACAUAAAGAACGUAAAGAAGAUCACUGAGAAUUUUAAAGCUCAAUGUGUUCUGUGCUGAUAUACAUAACUUACAUUUAAGUAAAGAUAGCUACUAGCUCCACACUUUUAAAGGUUGACAUUCUUUCUUAGAGCAAAAUAAAUUUGUUUAGGAGCAAAAACAUUUAUUUAAAUCAUUUAUUUUUAAAAAUUAGCAACAUGAGUCCUAUGUUAAUGGUCUGCUGCAGUUGCUUUGUUUCCAUUUUAGUAAAACAGCUCAAAUUGC